AUGAAGAUAGUCUGGGCCCUGACGAUCAAAGGAUUGUCCUGGAAUUCAGUUACAGUGCCUCCCACUCUUCCAAGACCUUCAUUGCAACUGUUGACACACGGAUAUCGCCGUAUUCCCGUACUUCAAUGCGGAUCCGACGUGUUCGUCGACACUUCUUUGAUCUUAGAGGAGCUGGAAAGAAGGAAAGGAUCCGAUAAAAGUGAUAAGGGCCUCUCUAGGUCUAUGAUCAUGUGGACCGAUAGAUACUUUUUUGGUGCCUCACUACAAUCUUCCUUCGUCUCCACCGAUCCCUCAGCUCCCAAAAUCUUCACCACUCCCAACUUUCUCUCCGAUCGUUCCUCACUAAUUGGCAAACCAGUAAACCUCCAGAAACUCCGGUCCGAACGCUCCCAAAUUAUCGAUCGAAUCCGCUCCAAUCUUGAGUGGAUCGAGCAGCAACUGGAAGAUGAUCGUGAAUGGUUUCUCGAUACUCUGACCCCGGGGAUGCCCGACAUCCAUGUCGCGGCGAAUUUAUUUUUCCUAGGUAUCUCUAGAAGUGCGAGUGAAUUGUCUAUUGCUCAGAAUUAUCCCAAGACCUACGCAUGGUUUAAUAGGUUUAGAAAAUACAUUAAGGAAAAUGAAAAGUCACCUGUUAACAUGUCCGAGGAGGAAGCAUUAGAGAUCGCAAGGAAGUACAAACCGUUGAGUGCCAGGGAUGCACAAUUGGAGGAUAAGAUGGACUUGUAUAGGAAAGUGGGAGAUCGAGUUAGCAUUGAACCGGAUGAUUACGGAAAAGUCGCGGUGGUGGGAAGGAUUGUUAGUUUGGGCAAUUCGCAUGUGGCCAUUAGGCCUGACAAUGUAGACAAAACCGGUAUUGAAGUGGUGGUUUGGUUUCCUAGGGCUGGGUAUAAUAUUAUUCAUGUUAACAACGAAAAUGCUUCCGGAAGAUUGUAA